CAAAAUUUUGAAAUGUCAUUUGGCUCGCGUUUAAUCGCAAACUCAUCAGCAGAGCGAUUUUCGUAGUUGCAGGCUAAACAUUUUUUUGUACCAUCGUUUGAGAAGUGAUUUUUAUCGGAAUUUGCUAGUGUUUUCUAUCAAAAGUACCCUCGAAAUCAAUCCGGUGGACAAUGCCUUCUUUUACGGUGAAAGUUAAAUGGGGCAAGGAGAACUUCCCCAGUGUGGAUGUCAACACCGACGAGGAACCUAUGUUGUUCAAGGCGCAACUGUACGCCCUGACCGGCGUACAACCGGAGCGCCAAAAGGUGCUCUGCAAGGGAAUCAGCCUGAAGGACGAUGAGUGGAACGUACCGAUAAAGAAUGGAACAACGCUUCUGUUGCUGGGCACGAAGGAAGAAGUUCCGCAGGAACCCGUGGAGAAACCCAAAUUUAUCGAAGAUAUGAACGAAAGUGAACUGGCUACUGCUCUUGAACUUCCAGCCGGAUUGACCAACUUGGGCAAUACCUGCUACAUGAACGCCACAUUGCAGUGCUUGAAAUCGGUCCGGGAAUUGCGCGAUUCAUUGAAACAAUUCAAGGACGAUUCUUCCGGUUCCUCCGGAUUGGCUGGACUUGCUUCACCCGGAGCCAUCACGCAGUCCAUGCGUAAUCUGUUCGAUGAUAUGGAGAAAAGCGAUACGGUAACACCGGUACUGUUUCUUCAGCGAUUGCACAUUGCGUUUCCCAACUUUGCACAAACUGGCGAGAAUGGAACCUAUCGGCAGCAGGACGCCAACGAGUGCUGGUCGGAGCUGUUGAAGAUGCUACAGCAGAAACUUCCGGCUACAAAAGGAGACAAGGAUCAGCUUGUGAAGCAUAAUUCCUUCAUCGAUCAGUGGUUCGGAGGUUCGUUCGACGUGGAAAUGAAGUGCACGGAAGCAGAAGACGAACCCGUUAGUAAAUCCAAGGAGAAUUUUCUCCAACUAAGUUGUUUCAUUUCCACGGAAGUGAAGUAUAUGCAUUCGGGUAUUCGAUUGAGAUUGAAGGAGCAGUUAACAAAACAAUCACCUUCUCUGGGACGCGACGCUGUCUACACCAAGACGUCCCUCAUCAGUCGGCUGCCGGCCUACCUGACCGUACAGUUCGUUCGGUUCCAAUACAAAGGCAAGGAAGGCAUCAACGCCAAGGUGCUGAAGGAUAUCAAAUUUCCGAUCGACUUCGACGCGUUCGAACUGUGCACCCCGGAGCUGCAGGCCAAACUGUCGCCGAUGCGCGCCAAGUUCAAGGAGGUCGAGGACGCCGAACUGGAACGCAAUCUCAAGGGCAAGAACAAAAGCAAGGCCCAGCUGGAGAGCGAAAAACCGAAAACCAUUCCGCAGCCGUACUGCUUCGAUGAUGAUCUGGGAAGCAACAACAGUGGCUACUACACAUUGCAAGCAGUGUUGACCCACCAGGGCAGGUCGAGCUCCUCAGGUCACUACGUGGGCUGGGUCCGCCAGAAGGGUGACCAGUGGAUCAAGUUCGACGAUGACUACGUAUCACCGGUGGAUACGGAAGCGAUCCUGAAGCUGUCCGGCGGUGGCGAUUGGCACUGUGCUUACGUCUUGGUGUACGGUCCCAAAAUACUGGAGAUUCCGGUCGAUGAGGAAAAGACUGCUAGCGAUGCUGCCGGUGGAGAUGCUGCUGCCACGACAGAGGCCGGAGCCAGUGAAAAAAUGGCUGUUGACUAGGAAUGUUUAUUGUUUUCCCAUCAGGUACUAUUUGUUGAAAGAAAAGCAUGAUUUCAUGUCAUUCGCUAUAUUGAGCUUUUUUUUCGUCUUUUCGAGCAUAUUUUAUACAGUUUUCAGUGCAGUUUCACGUCAUAACACAAGAUUAACCGAACAAUACAUUACCCCAUAUCCUGUGUUGAAAUAAACAUGCAGAUCAAUCCAA